AUGAACUCCGCGGCUUCUCCACCGCUCUAUCAGCAUCGAUGGGGUGGAGAUUUACUAGCUCAUGAGAGUGAAGAUUGGCCGAGAGACCUAGCAUCACUUCCCUCCAAGAAAGAGCUUCAUGCUUGGUGCAAACGAAGGCUUGCUUCCACAAACCGAAGGGCUUAUCUUGGGAAAAAAUUUAUAGAGAGGUCAGGAUGGGCGGGAUAUUCCUUUGGAGGGGAGAGGAGGUUCAGCACACUUUCAAAUCUCGUCCAACCUCCGCUAGAAGGCUUUUCAGGUGAACAGGUUUUCCUGGACUGCUCAACGCCAUCCCUCAUUUCAAACCAGAUUGUGUCCUUUGGUAGCACUAAAACAUAUUUGGUGCGAACAGAGCUACCAAAGGUCAUACCUCCAUCAUACAGGGGUACCGCCAUUCGCUAUCUCUAUCAUGUCAGAAGCAUGUUAUCUGGACGAUGGUUGACUUUGGAGAAUGGUCAUCCUCAUCAAGAGUCCCUAGAGAAUCUGAUUCAGCUGGAAGAUCGUAUUCCACUGCAAAUAUGGGUCACACAAAAGGCUAGUAGCUUUCUAAAUGAAGAUGAUCAAAGUGAUGGGACCUCUCCUGCCAUGGCCUUCCAAAUGGAUAUAUAUUGGAAAGAGAACAAUGGAGAUUCUGAAUGGGCUAGAGCCAAUGAUACAUCUGAUGGAGUUGAGGAAGGAUAUGAAAGUUCAAGGGAUGAGAUAUCGUCUGUUUCUUCUUACAAUCCCACAAAGGGAAAUUUGGACCUACAAUUUGAAAAAUCUCUGUCCAUUAAAUCAUCUCUGUCAAGGCAUUCAAACAAGGAAACUCCCUGCAUGCAAGGAGACCGUGUAAGUUUCUCUUCUAUGGGACCUCCACGUCUCUCUACAGCCGAGGACUCGUAUGAUCAUGAUGUAGUGUCACCCAAUAAGAUGCCUCCAGUUUUCUCUCCAAGACAGCAGGCAAAGCAUGCAUAUCUUAUUCCUGCCAAUGAUACAGAAGUUCCUUCCACAUGUGGAACUGAUGAAUCUGUAGCAUCAGAAGGCUUUAUUCGAGGAAAGUCUUACAAUAUCAGGUUGGAUGACCAAGUUUUGCUUCGAUUUUGCCCAAAGAACUCUGAUUCAACUUAUUACUUCAGUGACAUGAUUGGUGGCACUCUCACCUUCUUUCAUGAAGGAGCUAGGAGAUGCCUUGAGCUCUCAAUAACAUUGGAGGCAUCAGAAACUAUAAGUCAACAAUUUGUCCAUCCUUCACGAAGAAAUUCCCCAACAAUUACAAAGGUUCAGAGUGAUCACCAUGAAGUUGUUGCAGACUUGGUGCAGACAAGCUUUCUUUUUUCCAUUCCUGUAGAUGGACCCAUGUCAUUUUCCUCGCCCCAUGUUUCAGUGCAAUGGGCUCUUCGUUUUGAAUUCUUUACCACUCCCAAGAAUGUUGACUGGACUAGUUACGAGCAUCCCCUUCUUAUAGAGGGAAGAGAUAAAGGGGAGUGGGUUCUUCCAAUCACUGUCCAUGUCCCUACACUUCGGGCUCAGGCUGCUCACACAAGAAAUGACAGGUCCUUGUCUCCAGGACCCUUGUCGUAGCUGAAGGUAUGAUGUGCUAAUGAAAGGCUCUGGGGUUCUGGUUUCCGUUGCUACAUCCAAUAUGAAGUGCAAACAUCAGUACUUGGGUAGAGUGAAUAAAAUGUUACUUUUUAUGUUCUUUUUGGUGCUGCCAUUGAAAAAACGCAAUGCAAUAGCCAUUUUUGAAUGUCGUGUAAGGAGAGGAAAUCAUCAGUAUUGUGACACUACAGGAUUCAUAUGGAAGACAUGGCUACGGUGCAGGGAAAUGAGUUUGAACUGAUUAAUCUUUUCUUCAUUUUUCCUUCAUUUCAAGAAACUAUUAACAUUUAAGAAGUGUAGAGGGAGAGAGAGAGAGGGAGAACGCAUUCCCAGUUUCAUUCUUUGGACAUCUAUCAGUUGCAGAAUUAAUGGAAGCCUGCUCACUGAUUUAAUGCCAUGCUCAUGUGUACGCUAUCAUAGACUGGCUGCUUGAUUCAGCGGGCCUUGUUCAAAAGUGACGCUAGGGGUGUGCUGAUAGGUCAUAGAUGAUGGUCCAUGCCCGCCCAGACGCAAGGGAAAUUAGUUGGACCUGAAAGUGCUUUAUCCUUGUUUGAAUAAGACUAGUCUCUGAAAUCUAUUUUUCCCA